GAUGAAUCUUGCUGUAAUCUGCAGGUCUCCUCUACAUAUUAAGAGCUGCAGUGUAAUGCAAUUCACUGCACUCACCACUACUAUUCAACAGAGAAGUCCAAACACCUCUCUGGGAAGUGUUUUCAGAGUUUAUCCCCUGCUGAAAGUCUCCUCUAAGUUCUUUGCUGUUGCCCAGCCAACACCUGAGGGAUCACAAACAAACCUGGAAGCAAUAUUCAGAAUCCAAAGGAAGAGGUUGCAACCUACAGGAAGCUGAUCCUUCUUGCUUUUCAUUGCCCACUGCACUAAGAAUUCCCUCUCCCCUGAUGAGCUAAAGACACCACCCGUAACAACCGGGAAACAGCGUUUGAGACCUCCCCAUUCGGUGACAGUGACUGACCCCAAAUAAAAGAGUGGCUUUCCUGACUCAGAAUAAUGGAUAUAAAAGACAGAAGACACCGUUCCCUGACGCGGGGCCGGUGUGGGAAGGAGUGUCGCUACACGAGCUCUUCCCUGGACAGUGAGGACUGCAGAGUCCCAACCCAGAAGUCCUACAGCUCAAGCGAGACACUCAAGGCCUAUGAUCAUGACACCAGGAUGCACUAUGGAAAUCGAGUUUCUGACCUGGUUCACAGGGAGUCGGAUGAGUUUCCAAGGCAAGGAACAAACUUCACCCUUGCAGAACUAGGGAUCUGUGAGCCCUCUCCCCAUCGCAGCGGCUACUGCUCAGACAUAGGAAUCCUCCACCAAGGCUAUUCCUUGAGCACGGGCUCCGAUGCCGACUCGGACACGGAGGGGGGGAUGUCUCCGGAACAUGCCAUCAGGCUGUGGGGAAGAGGGAUCAAAUCCAGGCGCAGUUCGGGGCUGUCAAGUCGUGAAAACUCAGCUCUCACCCUCACCGACUCCGACAACGAGAACAAGUCAGACGAGGAGAACGGUCGUCCCAUUCCACCUACAUCCUCGUCCAGCCUUCUCCCAUCUGCUCAGCUGCCCAGUUCUCAUAAUCCUCCACCAGUUAGCUGCCAGAUGCCAUUGCUAGACAGCAACACGUCCCAUCAAAUCAUGGACACCAAUCCUGACGAGGAGUUCUCUCCUAACUCAUAUCUGCUGAGAGCAUGUUCGGGCCCACAGCAGGCUUCCAGCAGUGGCCCUUCAAACCACCACAGCCAGUCAACGUUGAGGCCACCUCUCCCUCCUCCUCACAACCAUUCCCUGUCCCAUCACCAUUCCUCCGCCAACUCCCUCAACAGGAACUCGCUCACCAACCGCCGGAACCAGAUCCACGCGCCCGCCCCGGCGCCCAACGACCUGGCCACCACCCCCGAGUCCGUGCAGCUCCAGGACAGCUGGGUGCUCAACAGCAACGUCCCGCUCGAGACCAGGCAUUUCUUGUUUAAGACCUCUUCUGGAACCACUCCGCUGUUCAGCAGCUCUUCCCCCGGUUACCCGCUGACCUCAGGAACGGUUUAUACUCCACCUCCCAGACUGUUACCCAGAAAUACAUUCUCCAGGAAUGCGUUCAAGCUGAAAAAACCCUCCAAGUAUUGCAGCUGGAAAUGCGCUGCUUUGUCUGCAAUUGCUGCUGCAGUCCUGCUUGCCAUCCUGCUGGCCUAUUUCAUAGCGAUGCAUCUCCUGGGGCUGAACUGGCAGCUGCAGCCGGCCGAGGGACCGACCUUCAACAACGGGCUGCGGCCGCCGCGCCCGCCCGGCGACGACGGCCCGGCGACGGCCCCUGCCGGCAGAGGACCAUGGGUCAGUAGGAAUAGCAGCAUAGAUAGCGGAGAAACAGAAGUUGGACACAGGGUCACCCAGGAGGUGCCCCCCGGAGUUUUUUGGCGGUCUCAGAUCCAUAUCAGCCAGCCACAGUUCCUGAAGUUCAACAUAUCCUUAGGGAAGGAUGCUCUUUUUGGUGUUUAUAUAAGAAGAGGACUCCCACCAUCACAUGCCCAGUAUGAUUUCAUGGAACGCUUGGAUGGCAAAGAGAAAUGGAGUGUGGUGGAGUCCCCACGGGAACGUCGGAGCAUUCAGACCCUUGUUCAGAACGAGGCCGUGUUUGUCCAGUACCUGGAUGUGGGUUUGUGGCACCUGGCAUUUUACAAUGAUGGCAAGGACAAGGAAGUGGUUUCUUUCAGUACAGUCAUUUUGGAUUCGGUGCAAGACUGCCCACGUCAUUGCCACGGGAAUGGCGAGUGUGUGUCAGGUGUCUGCCACUGUUUUCCAGGAUUUCAUGGAGCAGACUGUGCCAAAGGACGGCGCCACUUUAAUAAGUAUAAAAAGAAGGCUGCCUGCCCGGUUCUGUGCAGUGGCAAUGGUCAAUACUCCAAAGGCACCUGCUUAUGCUACAGUGGCUGGAAAGGUCCAGAAUGUGAUGUACCCAUCAGCCAGUGUAUUGAUCCCUCGUGUGGAGGUCAUGGUUCCUGCAUCGAAGGGAACUGUGUCUGCUCCGUGGGCUACAAAGGAGAAAACUGUGAGGAAGUGGAUUGCUUGGAUCCCACGUGCUCCAACCACGGAGUGUGUGUGAACGGGGAAUGUCUCUGCAGCCCGGGAUGGGGAGGAGUGAACUGUGAGCUGCCCAGAGCCCAGUGCCCAGACCAGUGCAGUGGGCACGGCACUUACCUGUCAGACACAGGGCUCUGCAGCUGUGAUCCCAACUGGAUGGGCCCCGACUGCUCCGUUGAAGUGUGUUCUGUGGACUGUGGCACCCACGGGGUGUGCAUGGGCGGAGCGUGUCGCUGCGAAGAAGGGUGGACGGGAGCGGCCUGUGACCAGCGCGUGUGUCACCCCCGCUGCACGGAGCACGGAACUUGUAAAGAUGGGAAGUGUGAAUGCAGAGAGGGCUGGAAUGGGGAGCACUGCACCAUUGAUGGAUGCCCGGACCUGUGCAAUGGCAACGGGAGGUGCACGCUGGGCCAGAACAGCUGGCAGUGCGUCUGCCAGAGCGGCUGGAGGGGGCCGGGAUGCAGCGUCGCCAUGGAAACCGCCUGUGCCGACAACAAGGAUAACGAGGGAGAUGGCUUGGUGGACUGCCUGGACCCAGACUGCUGCCUCCAGUCCACCUGCCAGAACAGCCUCCUGUGCCGGGGCUCGCGGGACCCCCUGGACAUCAUCCAGCAGAGCCACUCUGGAGCACCCGCUGUGAAGUCGUUCUAUGAUCGAAUCAAGCUCCUGGUGGGGAAGGACAGCACUCACAUCAUCCCAGGAGAAAAUCCCUUCAACAGCAGUCUUGUGUCUCUCAUAAGAGGCCAAGUGGUGACUACAGAUGGAACUCCUCUAGUUGGGGUCAACGUGUCGUUUGUCAAGUAUCCAAAGUACGGCUACACCAUCACUCGUCAGGAUGGCACGUUUGACUUGGUUGCAAACGGUGGAGCUUCCCUGACCUUGCACUUUGAGCGGGCCCCCUUUAUGAGUCAGGAAAGGACAGUGUGGCUGCCAUGGAAUAGCUUCUAUGCCAUGGACACACUUGUGAUGAAGACAGAGGAGAACUCCAUUCCCAGCUGUGAUCUGAGUGGGUUUGUCCGUCCUGACCCAGUCAUCAUUUCAUCACCACUUUCAACUUUCUUCAGUGAUGCUCCCAGCCGGAAUCCCAUCGUGCCAGAAACCCAGGUUCUUCAUGAAGAAAUUGAGAUCCCUGGCUCUAGUAUAAAGCUCAGCUACCUGAGUUCCCGUACUGCUGGAUACAAAUCCUUGCUGAAGAUCAUCAUGACUCAGACCCUUGUGCCUCUGAAUCUCAUCAAAGUUCAUUUGAUGGUAGCAGUUGAAGGGCAUUUGUUUCAAAAAUCAUUUCAGGCAUCUCCCAACUUGGCAUAUACAUUUAUCUGGGACAAAACAGAUGCAUAUGGUCAGAAGGUGUAUGGGUUGUCAGAUGCUGUAGUGUCUGUGGGUUUUGAAUAUGAGACUUGCCCCAGUCUCAUUUUAUGGGAGAAGAGGACAGCACUGCUGCAAGGAUUUGAACUAGAUCCUUCAAACUUAGGAGGAUGGUCCCUGGAUAAACACCAUGUACUUAAUGUUAAGAGUGGUAUAUUGCACAAAGGCAACGGAGAAAACCAGUUCCUAACUCAGCAGCCGGCUGUGAUAACCAGCAUUAUGGGGAAUGGGCGCCGCAGAAGCAUAUCCUGUCCAAGCUGCAAUGGUCUGGCAGAAGGAAAUAAGCUUUUGGCCCCUGUAGCACUGGCAGUGGGUAUUGAUGGAAGUCUCUUUGUUGGAGAUUUUAACUAUAUCCGGCGUAUCUUCCCCUCCAGGAACGUUACUAGCAUAUUGGAGCUGAGAAAUAAAGAGUUUAAACAUAGCAACAAUCCCGCUCAUAAAUACUAUCUGGCCGUGGACCCUGUUUCAGGCUCACUCUACGUGUCGGACACCAAUAGUCGACGGAUAUACAGAGUCAAGUCCCUCACAGGCACAAAAGACCUCGCGGGUAACUCUGAAGUGGUGGCAGGGACAGGAGAGCAGUGCCUGCCAUUUGAUGAAGCCAGAUGUGGGGAUGGAGGGAAGGCAGUGGACGCAACCCUAAUGAGCCCUCGAGGAAUUGCAGUGGAUAAGUAUGGACUCAUGUAUUUUGUUGAUGCCACUAUGAUUAGAAAAGUGGAUCAGAAUGGAAUUAUAUCAACUCUGCUGGGCUCCAAUGACCUAACUGCUGUUCGGCCUCUCAGCUGUGAUUCCAGCAUGGAUGUCACCCAGGUACGGCUGGAGUGGCCUACUGAUCUCGCUGUCAAUCCCAUGGACAACUCCCUUUAUGUCCUAGAGAACAAUGUUAUUUUACGGAUCACAGAAAACCAUCAAGUUAGCAUUAUUGCUGGACGCCCCAUGCACUGCCAGGUUCCUGGUAUAGACUACUCUCUUAGCAAACUGGCUAUUCAUUCUGCACUUGAAUCAGCCAGUGCCAUUGCCAUCUCACACACAGGAGUUCUUUACAUCAGUGAGACAGAUGAAAAAAAAAUUAAUCGGCUCCGCCAGGUAACUACCAAUGGAGAAAUAUGCCUUCUUGCAGGGGCAGCUUCAGACUGUGAUUGCAAAAAUGAUGUCAACUGUAAUUGCUAUGCUGGGGAUGAUGGGUAUGCCACUGAUGCCAUCUUAAAUUCACCAUCUUCCUUAGCUGUGGCCCCAGAUGGUACCAUCUACAUAGCUGAUCUCGGAAAUAUCCGCAUUAGGGCUGUCAGUAAAAACAGGCCCAUUCUUAAUUCCUUUAACCAAUAUGAAGCUGCAUCUCCAGGAGAACAGGAGCUGUAUGUCUUCAAUGCUGAUGGGAUUCACCAGUACACUCUCAGCCUUGUUACCGGGGAGUACUUGUACAAUUUCACCUAUAGCAGCGAUAACGAUGUCACGGAGGUGAUGGACAACAAUGGCAACUCCUUGAAGGUCCGUCGGGAUGCCAGUGGGAUGCCCCGCCACUUACUGAUGCCGGAUAAUCAGAUUGUCACGCUGGCUGUUGGCACUAAUGGUGGACUCAAGCUAGUCUCAACACAGACCCUGGAGCUCGGAUUAAUGACAUAUAACGGAAACAGUGGUCUCUUAGCAACGAAGAGUGAUGAAACAGGAUGGACAACAUUUUAUGACUAUGAUCAUGAAGGGCGUCUGACCAAUGUAACACGUCCCACUGGAGUGGUAACUAGCCUUCAUCGAGAGAUGGAAAAGUCUAUUACCAUCGACAUUGAGAAUUCUAAUCGGGAUGACGAUGUCACGGUCAUCACAAAUCUCUCCUCUGUGGAGGCUUCCUAUACAGUUGUUCAAGAUCAAGUGAGGAACAGCUACCAGCUCUGUAAUAAUGGUACUUUGAGAGUGAUGUAUGCCAAUGGCAUGAGCAUUAGCUUUCACAGCGAACCUCAUGUCCUGGCUGGGACUGUGACUCCCACCAUAGGACGAUGUAAUAUUUCUCUACCAAUGGAAAAUGGUUUAAACUCAAUUGAAUGGCGUCUGAGGAAGGAACAGAUUAAAGGCAAAGUGACUGUGUUUGGAAGAAAGCUCAGGGUGCACGGGAGGAAUUUACUGUCCAUCGACUACGACCGGAACAUCCGCACGGAGAAGAUCUAUGACGACCACCGGAAAUUCACCCUGCGGAUCAUUUACGACCAGCUGGGACGGCCCUUCCUGUGGCUGCCCAGCAGUGGCCUGGCUGCUGUCAACGUGUCCUACUUCCUGAACGGGCGCCUGGCCGGGCUCCAGCGCGGCGCCAUGAGCGAGAGGACCGACAUCGACAAGCAAGGCAGGAUCACAUCCCGCAUGUUUUCCGAUGGGAAAGUGUGGAGCUACACCUACCUAGAGAACUCCAUGGUGUUGCUGCUCCAGAGUCAGCGACAGUACAUCUUCGAGUACGACUCCUCGGACCGCCUCCACGCUGUCACCAUGCCCAGCGUGGCUCGGCACAGCAUGUCCACCCACACCUCCAUUGGCUACAUCAGGAAUAUCUACAACCCUCCUGAAAGCAACGCUUCCGUGAUUUUCGAUUACAGCGACGACGGGAGGAUUUUGAAAACGUCGUUCUUAGGAACUGGCCGGCAAGUCUUCUACAAGUAUGGAAAGCUGUCCAAACUAUCUGAAAUUGUUUAUGACAGCACCGCGGUGACUUUUGGGUACGAUGAAACUACAGGUGUCCUAAAAAUGGUGAAUUUGCAGAGUGGGGGAUUUUCUUGUACGAUUCGCUAUCGGAAAAUUGGUCCUCUCGUUGACAAACAAAUCUACAGAUUCUCUGAAGAAGGCAUGGUCAAUGCAAGGUUUGAUUAUACAUAUCAUGAUAACAGCUUUCGAAUCGCAAGCAUCAAACCCAUAAUAAGUGAGACGCCCCUCCCAGUUGAUCUCUACCGUUACGAUGAGAUUUCUGGCAAAGUAGAGCAUUUUGGCAAAUUUGGAGUUAUUUAUUAUGAUAUAAACCAAAUUAUCACCACAGCAGUUAUGACACUGAGCAAGCACUUUGAUACCCAUGGACGGAUUAAAGAGGUUCAGUAUGAAAUGUUCCGGUCCCUGAUGUACUGGAUGACUGUGCAGUACGACAGCAUGGGGAGGGUGACCAAAAGGGAGCUGAAACUCGGUCCCUACGCCAACACGACCAAGUACACCUAUGAUUAUGACGGAGAUGGGCAACUGCAAAGCGUGGCAGUAAACGACAGGCCCACCUGGCGCUACAGCUACGAUCUGAACGGAAACCUGCACCUCCUGAAUCCUGGGAACAGCGUCCGGCUGAUGCCGCUGCGCUACGACCUGAGGGACAGGAUCACGCGCCUGGGCGACAUCCCGUACAAGAUCGACGACGACGGGUUCCUGUGGCAGCGGGGCGCGGACGUGUUCGACUACAACUCCAAAGGGCUCCUGACCAGAGCUUACAACAAAGCCAAUGGCUGGAGUGUUCAGUACCGCUACGACGGGCUGGGCCGAAGGGCUUCCUGUAAGACCAACCUGGGGCACCAUCUGCAGUACUUUUAUGCUGAUCUUCACAAUCCAACCAGGGUAACUCACGUCUACAAUCAUUCCAAUUCCGAAAUUACCUCUUUGUACUACGACCUGCAAGGCCACCUCUUUGCAAUGGAGAGUAGCAGCGGGGAAGAGUAUUAUGUGGCCUCUGAUAACACGGGCACUCCACUGGCCGUGUUCAGCAUCAACGGCCUCAUGAUCAAACAGCUUCAGUACACGGCGUAUGGGGAAAUUUAUUACGACUCCAACCCAGAUUUCCAGCUGGUCAUUGGGUUCCAUGGAGGGCUGUAUGAUCCUUUAACCAAACUUGUGCAUUUCACCCAAAGGGACUACGAUGUCCUGGCUGGGCGCUGGACAUCUCCUGAUUACACCAUGUGGAAAAAAAUUGGCAGAGAACCCGCUCCUUUCAAUCUGUACAUGUUCAAGAGUAACAACCCUCUCAGCAAUGAACUGGAUCUAAAGAAUUAUGUAACAGAUGUCAAAAGCUGGUUGGUGAUGUUUGGAUUUCAGCUUAGCAACAUUAUUCCUGGUUUCCCUAGAGCAAAAAUGUACUUUGUGUCACCGCCAUACGAACUGUCUGAGAGUCAAGCAUGUGAAAAUGGACAGCUAAUCACAGGAGUGCAGCAGACGACAGAAAGACACAACCAGGCUUUCAUGGCUCUGGAGGGACAGGUCAUAUCUAAGAGAUUACACGCCAGCAUUAGAGAAAAAGCAGGUCACUGGUUCGCCACGACCACUCCUAUCAUUGGGAAGGGAAUCAUGUUCGCUGUGAAGGAGGGCCGUGUGACCACCGGCGUUUCCAGCAUAGCCACGGACGACAGCAGGAAAAUCGCCUCUGUCCUGAACAGCGCUCACUACCUGGAGAAGAUGCACUACAGCAUCGAGGGGAAGGACACCCACUACUUCGUGAAGGUCGGCUCGGCCGACAGCGACCUCGUCACCCUCGCCAUGACCAGCGGGAGGAAGGUCCUGGACAGCGGCGUCAACGUCACCGUGUCCCAGCCCACGCUCCUUGUCAACGGCAGGACUCGAAGGUUUACGAAUAUUGAGUUUCAGUAUUCCACCCUGCUGCUCAACAUCCGCUACGGCCUCACCCCCGACGCGCUGGACGAGGAGAAGGCGCGAGUGUUGGAGCAGGCCCGGCAGCGAGCCCUGGGCUCCGCCUGGGCCAAGGAGCAGCAGAAGGCGCGGGACGGCCGAGAGGGCAGCCGUGUAUGGACAGACGGAGAGAGGCAGCAGCUCCUGAACACGGGAAGGGUCCAAGGUUACGAGGGAUAUUAUGUCCUACCCGUGGAGCAGUACCCAGAGCUAGCAGACAGUAGCAGCAACAUCCAGUUUUUAAGACAGAAUGAAAUGGGAAAGAGGUAACAAAUUAACCUGCUGUCAUCCUUUGCUGGAUGAAUCAGUAGUCAUAACUGUUAUCUCCUCUCCUAAGGAGAUGAAGACCUAAAUGGGGGCACUAGGCUGAGCUACUCUGGGAUAGUAAGUGGCAAAAAAGCUCAUAUUUUUUGAGUUAAAUGCUACUGUUCAAGGGAUUAAAAACCACAUCCUGAAGUGGACUAAAGCCAGACUGAAAACUCUAACCGUACAAAUUAAAAAGUACCCCUGAAAUAUUACCCACUUGUUCUGGGUCUAAAGAAAAACAAAAAGAAGGCCUCGUAUUGUAUUACCUCACUCCAUUCACACGUGAGCAAACUAAGAAAUCCAAGUGGGCCACUUUCACUAACCAGCUGAUGAAACACAGAUGAUUCAGACUGCUUGUUUGAUAAAUAUCCAAGAGGUUUUCAUUUAAAGCAAAAUACAGGUGCAUUUAAAACAUGACUUUGGGGUGAUUUGUGUGUAGCAACUGGAGGACAAACGGAAUGCAAGUGAGAGCGCACUGGAAAUAGGAAAGGAAAAAUAUAUUUAAAAGUAACAAAACCACACUUGCACUCUGACCCUCCACUUGUCUGGCCUGAAGCUUAACUUAUUCAAAGAGGGCAGAGUGUAAAGUUACAUUCAAAAUGGUGGCUAUAAAUCACUACAGAUAAAUUUCAUACUCUGUUUGUCUUUGAAGAUUUCCAUUGUGGACAGUAUAACACAGUUACAGGGUGUAGUCUGUUUAGAUUCAGUAGUUUGUUGGUAUCAGUUCCAGUAGAGCUGUGGGCAUUGUGUUACACUAUUGCAAAUGGGCACCACGUCAGAUCACCCUGUACAUACAUCAGCCAGAAGGCACAAUCACUGUUUCAGAUUUAAAAAUUAUUAGUGUGUUUGUUUGGUCGAGAAACUGAGACAAUCACAUUACGGUCACCACUGAAAAAAAAAAAAAAAAAAAAAAAAAAAGUCUAAUAAGAACUUUGGUACAAGAACUUUUUUGUAAUAUACAUGUAUGAAUUGUUCAUUGAGUUUUUAUAUUAAUUUUAAUUUGCUGCUAAGCAAAGACUAGAGACAGGCAAAGAUAAUUUAUGGCAAAGUGUUUAAAUUGUUUAUACAUAAAUAAAGUCUCUAAAACUCCUGUGAA